AUGAUGCAGAGUGUUAUCCAACCGUGCACUAAGACUGUUGAGGAUGACGUUCCUACAUCUCUGACAAUGGAUGUAGCGCAAGGUGAGCAUACAACUCAUUUUGAUAUAGAAUUUAAAGAUCCGGGAACAUGGCCUACAGCUUUAUCGGAUACAGAAAGGUGCUUCAUAGUAUCAGGCUUAUCAAAGGAAGAAAGUGUAGAGCCUGAUUUAAGUAACACCUUAAGAGAUGGUAGAAAACUAACCAAAGACUGGUUUACAAAAACUUUGUCCGGUGGCCAGAAGAUCCACCGCACAUGGUUAGCAUACAGCAAAUCAAAAAAUGCCUUAUUUUGCAUUCCAUGUAAAAUUUUUUCCCGCUCUAACUCAGAACAAAAUAUUUCUGCUUUGGCUAAAGAGCAGGGUUUAACUCAGUGGAAAAAAUUGAAUGAACGAAUUCCUGAGCAUGAAAAUUCACUCAUUCACAAAAAGUGUUUUUGCUCAUGGAAAUCAUUGCAGUCAUCAUUAAAUAAAGGUACUGGAAUUGAUAGAGAGCUACAAGACAAGAUAGCGCUUGAGGAAGCGCACUGGAGAGGGGUCCUGUAUGCUAUCAUUGAUGUUAUCAUAAAUUUAGCUAAACAAGGUAGCCCGUUACGGGGUUCUAAUUCUAAUGAAAGCCUGGAAUUUGGGGACCCUAGAUGUGUCAAUGUGAUAUCUGUAGGUGCUGAAGUGAAGACUGUGGUAGUGGUGUGGUUUAAUAUCGGUAUAGUAUAG